GCCGAGCAGCUAGCGUAGACUAGAGCCGUCAGCUUAGCGGUUGCAAAUGGCGACAGCCACGAAAUCCCUGUCACAGAUUCGCGUGUAAUUCUCGUCGUAAAUAUAUCUGUGACUCCGCCACCCGCACGGUUAUCCCUCGGUUAUAUUGGUCGUCUGAGCAAUAGGAGGCAAAGAUGCCAGCCGUGCGAGGAGAUGGCAUGCGUGGUCUCGCCGUGUUCAUUUCAGACAUCAGAAAUUGCAAGAGCAAGGAGGCAGAGAUCAAGAGAAUAAACAAGGAGCUAGCAAACAUCCGUAGUAAGUUUAAAGGCGAUAAAACGCUGGACGGUUAUCAGAAGAAAAAAUAUGUUUGCAAGUUACUGUUCAUAUUUCUUCUUGGACAUGAUAUUGAUUUUGGUCAUAUGGAAGCUGUAAACCUUCUUUCGUCGAACAAAUACUCAGAAAAACAAAUUGGAUAUCUAUUCAUAUCUGUACUAGUAAAUACAAACAGCGAUCUUAUUAAAUUAAUUAUUCAAAGUAUCAAGAAUGAUCUUGCAUCAAGAAAUCCAAUUCACGUAAAUCUUGCUCUACAAUGUAUCGCCAACAUUGGGAGCAAGGAAAUGGCGGAGGCCUUUGGCAAUGAAAUUCCAAAACUGCUUGUGUCAGGAGACACUAUGGACGUUGUGAAACAGAGCGCAGCCCUUUGCCUCUUGAGAUUAUUGAGGACAGCACCAGAGGUGGUUCCAGGUGGAGAGUGGACGUCUCGCAUAGUUCAUCUUCUGAAUGAUCAACACCUGGGUGUUGUCACGGCAGCUGCAUCGCUGAUUGAUGCGUUAGUUAAACGAAAUCCAGAUGAAUAUAAGGGCUGCGUCAGUCUUGCUGUUUCAAGAUUGAGCCGGAUUGUAACGUCUAGCUACACAGAUUUGCAGGACUAUACCUACUACUUUGUACCUGCGCCUUGGCUAUCUGUUAAACUUCUUCGUUUGCUGCAAAAUUAUACUCCACCCGCCGAGGAUCCAGGAGUACGUGGAAGACUGAAUGAAUGUCUUGAAACAAUAUUGAACAAAGCUCAGGAGGCGCCAAAAUCUAAGAAAGUUCAGCAUUCUAAUGCAAAAAAUGCGGUUCUUUUUGAGGCGAUAAGUUUGAUUAUUCAUAAUGAUAGUGAGCCAAACUUAUUGGUUCGUGCUUGCAACCAGCUUGGUCAAUUUUUAUCAAAUCGUGAGACCAAUCUACGGUAUUUAGCACUCGAAUCAAUGUGUCACCUUGCUACUUCCGAAUUUUCUCACGAAGCUGUGAAAAAGCAUCAAGAAGUUGUCAUACUUUCCAUGAAAAUGGAAAAAGACGUUUCAGUUAGACAACAAGCAGUUGAUCUACUUUACGCAAUGUGCGACAAAAGCAACGCCGAAGAUAUUGUCCAAGAAAUGCUGAAUUACCUAGAAACUGCGGAUUAUUCGAUCCGAGAAGAAAUGGUAUUGAAAGUAGCUAUACUAGCCGAAAAAUAUGCAACUGAUUACACGUGGUACGUCGAUGUGAUCCUAAAUUUAAUCAGGAUAGCCGGUGAUUAUGUUUCUGAGGAGGUCUGGUACAGAGUUAUUCAAAUUGUUAUCAAUCGAGAUGACGUUCAGGGAUAUGCUGCUAAAACUGUGUUCGAGGCUUUACAGGCUCCGGCAUGUCAUGAAAAUAUGGUCAAAGUUGGUGGCUACAUAUUGGGUGAAUUUGGGAAUCUUAUUGCCGGUGAUCAAAGAUCGUCUCCUUUAGUACAGUUUCAACUUUUACAUUCCAAAUAUCAUUUGUGCUCCCCGAUGACACGGGCACUUCUGCUUUCAACUUACAUCAAGUUUGUCAAUUUAUUCCCUGAAAUUCGUAGUCAAAUUCAAGAGGUUUUCAAGCAACACAGCAAUCUACGCAGUGCUGACGCCGAAUUACAGCAACGAGCUUCUGAGUACUUACAGCUGAGCAUUAUUGCCUCCACCGAUGUCCUCGCUACCGUUCUAGAAGAAAUGCCAGCAUUCCCAGAACGAGAGUCGUCAAUUUUGGCUGUGCUGAAAAAAAAGAAACCAGGUCGAGUUCCAGAGAAUGAAAUUAGGGAAAGCAAAAGUCCGGCACCCAAUUCAAACCAUCAUACUGAAGCUCCUUCGGCAAUAUCAGUCUCAACUGUCAGCAAUAAUAGUUCAGCAGAUUUAUUGGGCCUCUCGACUCCUCCGUCUUCUCAGCCGACAAGCAACACUGGUGUUCUUUUGGACGUUCUUGGUGAUAUAUAUAGUGGCACACCAAACAAUGUCGGUGCUACGAAUGGUGCACAAAACACCUAUAACCCUAAGAAAUUUGUAUGUAAAAACAACGGAGUGCUAUUCGAAAAUGAUCUGAUUCAAAUCGGAGUUAAGUCUGAAUUCAGACAAAAUCUUGGACGCAUUGGAUUGUUUUACGGAAAUAAGACGCAAUUUGCGUUACAAAAUUUUCACCCACAAUUAUCCUGGUCGGAGGAGAACGAGGCUAAACUAUCUGUUCAAGUUAAACCAGUAGACAUGGUCUUGGAAGCAGGGGCGCAAAUUCAACAGAUGAUUAAUGCUGAAUGCAUUGACGAUUACAAUGAUGCGCCGAGCAUGAUAAUUUCUUUUAUGUAUAACAACGUGCCUCAGAAAAUAACUAUGAAAUUACCACUUACCAUCAACAAAUUCUUUGAGCCCACUGAAAUGAAUGGAGAGUCGUUCUUUGCGAGGUGGAAGAAUCUUGGCGGUGCAAAUCAGCAACGUUCGCAGAAAAUAUUUAAGGCUCAACAACCGAUGGACUUAGCACAGGUCCGUACAAAGCUGCAAGGCUUUGGAAUGCAGCUGCUCGACGGAAUUGAUCCGAAUCCCGAUAACUUUGUGUGUGCGGGAAUUGUGCAUAUGCGGGCACAACAAAUUGGAUGUCUUUUGCGUCUUGAACCGAACAAACAAGCUCAGGCAUUGCCGUGUUUACAGAUGUUCCGAUUAACGGUGCGUUCCAGCAAAGAAUCAAUGUCUAUAGAGGUUUGCACCCUGCUGGUGGAUCAAUUCUAAGCGAUCAUACGUCAGGCUUGUAUAUCUUACAUAUUUACACAGGCAGAGCAGCAAAAGAAGGCCACUUUGAUCUUACCCAUGAUUCAGUGAUGUUUCGUUUGGUCUAGAGGUCAUUUUCUGUUGUUUGGUCAAUAUUAAUUAUUUGUACAAGAUUGCAUUGUUCCCAGUUGCACACUCGCCAAUUUACCAUGAGCCUGUCACAUUCAUAUUGUCAUAAGUGUUGUGUAAAGAAAGCUUAAAACAAUCAAGGAAACAACAUACCGGUUGACUUUCAAUUGACAGUAUUAACCCAUGACCCUAAGAAAAUAUU